AUGUUAUAUUUAACUUUAUCAACUAAGAUUAAUAUAUGGUUUUAUAGUUUUACAUUUAUAAUUUUACAGUAUAGUAUACUAGCAUAUAAUUUAGACAUUGAUAAUGCCAAAAUAUUUAAUAUUCCCAAAAAUUUUAGUUAUCAACGGGGAAGUUAUUUUGGAUUUUCCGUUGCCCUUUAUACAGAUGGCCUAGAUUCUGUACUACUUGUAGGUGCUCCUAGAGCAAAUACAAGCAUAAUACAAAAUGUAAUUGAGCCAGGUACUAUAUUUCAAUGUCCAAUUAAUGAAACAUGUAAGGAAUGGAUUAUUGAUAGAAGUGGAAAUUAUAAAGAGAAGGAGUAUUCAACAAUUAAUCAAAUUGAGGACAAUGCAUGGAUUGGUGCAACAAUUGCUAUAGAAAAUAAGACUAAUCCUACAAUUGUGGUUUGCGGCCCACGAUUGAAGUAUAAUAUUAUAAAUAAACGCCAAUCUAAUUGGUUUAUGUACGGCAUUUGUUAUUUGUCAUUAAUUAACAGUAUUAAGUCUUUCGAAAAAGAAUCUAAAAGUAAAAUUUUAUCAUUUGUGAGGCUUAGAGAAGCUAUCGAUAUGAAAAGAUAUGUUUAUAAUUUUGGCAUGAGUCAAGUUGGUUUUUCUAUGCAUAUGACAUCCAAUGACCUAAAGUGGGAUUUAAUAUUAGGUAGUCCUGGUGUAUUUAACUGGAAAGGUAUGCCUUUGUUGGUUACAAAAUCAGUUGAUGGUAAAAUGCAAAAUAUAAUUCCAUCAAUUAAAGAUGAGGAAAGUAUUCGUGCAAAUAAUUAUUUUGGGUAUGCAGUAACAUCUGGUUAUUUUAGAGAAGGAAAAUUGUGGUUUGUUUCUGGUGCUCCAAAGGCUUCACUUAUGUUUGGUGCUGUUGCUAUAUUUACCUUCUCUCAUAACGAUAAUGCGAAAUUAGAAAUAAAAAAGAUUUUGAAUGGUGAGCAGUAUGGUGAAUAUUUUGGUGCUGCUUUAUCAUCAUGUAAUCUUAAUGGUGACAAUAGAGAUGAAUUAAUUGUUGGAGCACCAUAUUGGUCAAAAAAUAUGGAUGAAGGUCGCAUAUAUGUCUUUACUGCUUUACAUAAUGAAAUUUUUGAAAAAAAAUCAUUUGAAGGAAAAAUAUCUGGAAGUAGAUUUGGAUCUACUAUAACUUGUCUUGGUGAUAUUGAUUAUGAUGGCUAUGGUGAUAUUGCUGUUGGUGCACCAUAUGAAGAAGAAAGUGGUGCAAUAUAUAUCUUCAAUGGCAAUAGCAAUGGAUUACCUAAACAUUAUAGCCAAAGGAUAGUUGGCAAACAAUUUGGAAGGAAUAUCCGUGGAUUUGGAAUUUCAAUUUCCGAACCUCGUGAUAUAAAUGGUGAUAAAUAUCCUGAUAUUGCAGUUGGAGCUUAUUUAUCUGAACAAGCAAUUUUAAUAAAAUCAAAACCUGUUAUAACAAUAACUACAAAAUUGUCUUACAAUGACAAACAAAAAUUAUUGAGAAAUUCUACAUCUUUUCUAAUUGAUGUGUGUACAUAUUAUGAUGGAAUAAAUACUCCUAAUUAUCUUCGAGUUGUUAAAUCUUUGAAAAUCGACCAAAUAUAUAGAAGAGCUUAUUAUGGUACAGAAAGAAAUAGUGAUAACAUUUAUAAAUUGUCUGAUACUUUAUAUAAAUCUAAAAAUCUAUGCAGUCAACUUAAAAUAUAUUUAAAGAAAAAUAUCCAAAAUAUAAUAAAUCCAGUUGAAAUAUCUAUCUCAACUAGUUUAGAAAAGGACUUAAAUUUAAAUGAUAGUAAGAUGAAAGUAAACUUUCUCUGUACAACCUGUGUAGCUAUAAAUAAAUUGUUUUCUAAAACUGAAGAUUUAAUAAAAUUACCAUUUGCUGUUGAUUGUGGUGACGACAAUAUUUGUACAUCAGAUGUAAAGAUAUCACUUUCAACAAAUUUAAAUUCUAAUAACAAAUAUGUUGUUGGAUCAACAUUCACUACCAAGCUUAAAAUAGAUGCUCUUAAUUAUGGUGAACCUGCUUAUCAAGCUAAAAUAUAUGUAUAUAUACCAAAAAUAUUAUCAUUAGCAAGUAUGCCAGCUUCAUGCAUGGAAAGUUUUUAUACAAAUAAUACUUUAGAAGCAAUUUGUGAUCUUGGAAAUCCACUUAGAAAAAAUAAAACAUUAAUAUUAGAUUUGGAUAUGAGUAAAAUUCGGUUUGAUGUUGAUCACGUGGAGCUAUGGACCAAUUUUAACACACAAAGUGAACAGAAAGAUCCAUUCAAUAAUACACAUGUUUUAACUAUAUAUUUUGAUGUUGAUGUUGACAUAGUGAUUGCAGGGAAAGCGCAAGAUAAUUUAUAUUCAUAUUCUACUGAUAAUGAGGAUGAAAAAUUAAACAAUAUUCGAUUUCGACAUAUUUAUGAAAUUCAAAAAUUUGGAGAUAGUCCAAUUGAUGAAGUUAUACUAACAAUUAAUAUCCCAAUAUAUUGGAAACAUUCUACUGGAGAUAUACAGAUUAUCAAUAUAAACGAAACAAUUAGUUAUCUGGAUGGUCAACCAUUUUACUGCACACACUUGAAUUCUACACUUUCAACUGCUUUAACUAAUAUAUCUGAAAUUUACUUUGCAAAUACUGAACUGUAUACACAAAAAGGAUUUAUGAUGGAUACCAAUUUUUCUAUAAAUUCUCCGCCAGAAAACAGGUCAAUUUAUAUCAAUUGUACAAAUGCUAAUGUCAAAUGUACAUAUAUUAAAUGUGAGCUUGGUCCCUUUCUAAGUUCUUCAUCUGUUGCAAAACUUUCACUCAUAUUGGACUUUUACAUAUCUGAUUUUAAAACAAAAAUGAUGGAAGAGAAAGACAUAAUAUUUUUCUUGUCUAGCGGACACGUUAAUAUUUUAGAAUCAAAUCAUGUUAUGAAAAAAAUUAGACACAAGUCUGAUGAUACUAUUAUUGCUACAAUGUUCUUAGGUUCACCAGUAACUCAACACAUUGCAAUGUGGAUUAUAGCUUUGUCAAUUGUCUUAGGAAUUUUACUGUUAAUACUGUUAAUUUUAGCACUACUUAAAAUUGGAUUCUUUAAUCGAAGUAGGAAAAAAGAACUUGAAGCAUUAAAAUCACAAACAGAUAAGAGACAUGGGAAUACAUUGGAAACAUGUUCAUGAACAGAAAUUUUUCAGAAAGAAUAAAUUUAUUAAUAUAUAACUUUUAUAUAUUGUAUACAUAUAUAUAUAUGUAUAUAUAUAUGACUUUUAUUCUUCGCAUAAUUAAGAAAAGAAAAUAAAUAACAACAACUUACAUUUUGUUAUCGCAUUUGAGUACUAUUAGUAUCUUUAUAAAAAUAUAAUAAAUCUUAGAAAAUAUUAACUUGAUUAUAAAUU